AGUGUAGCUGUAAGGCUCAAAGUGAUCGUAGUUCAACAUGUCAGGCCAGCCUGAGACAGCCUCGGGUUCCAAGGCAGCACCAAAGAGUUCUGAAAUUUCGGAACGUAGCCGUGCAGCCUCAGCUCUGCUGGCAAAGAUCACAGCUGAUAGUCAAGGUGCGAAUCUGUCAGAUUCCAAGGUAACAGAGUUCUUUCGCAAUGAGUUGUGGGGAGCUACGGCAAAGGCACCGAGAGCAUUUGAAGAGACUGUCAUGGACAAGGCUGUAGAUUUGGUGGCGCCAUCAAGCAGUGCCGCAACACUACAUCCCAAGCCAUCAGGAGUGAAUGCAGUGGAGGAGCCCAGUCCAGAAGCUGCACCGGUGACACCGAAACGUGCCCCGCGCGCGCCGCAAGCUACGACAACUCCUUCACCAGUCAGCAGACCGCCAAAGUCACAGGCAGCUGAAGAAGGGAAAAAGAAGGCUCCUGCAAAAGCACCAGCCGCCCCAGUUACUGCACGGGCCAAGUCUUCUUCCCCACAGCCAUUGCCUGCUAUUUUGAAGCGAACUAGCCCAAAGCCAGCGGCAAAGAGCAAGGUGUCAAAGACCAAGACAAUCAAGGGUCCAAAGACCAAGAAAGACAAGAAGGACAGCAUGGCUUUGGUGGCAACUUCUGGCUUGCGCCAAUCAAAUCGGAGAACACUUGCCACCUUGCGAGCACCAGCAUUGACCCAAGUCCCUGCUGAGGUCUUCAAAGGCUUGGAGUCGCCUGCAAAACGCCCCAAGCGGUGUCGCAUGCCACCACUCCAAAGUUGGCGAAAUGAGCGCCUUGUCUUCGAGAGAGUGGCAGGUUCCAUGACACCAACGCUUGCUGCUGUCGAGCUCAACAUGUCUGCACCGCUCGAAGAGAGCUCACCCCCACGGAUGCUUCAGCUUCCUGCCCUUCAGCCUCCGUUGGAAAGUAUGGAAGCCUCAGAGUUUGUUGGUAUCUCCACCAAGAUCUUUACAAGCAAGCUCUUUGCUUUGCCUCUCGCACCCCGGACUGGUUCACCAUGCACUGUGGUCCUGCGCGGUGUUGGCAUCAUCCACGUGUUGGACGGCUCUUUGCGCUUUGCGAAAGAGGGUGAUGAGGGGGAAGAAAUUCUGCCUGCUGGCGGCACCCGGCUGGUGAAAGAUGCUGGGCCCAAGUUGCUAGCACCAGCUGAGAGGGCGACCAAGGCAGCAGAGGAAGGUCUCGCAGGAGUGCGAUUUCGAUGGUUGGAAUGCAAACAUGCGAGAUGAUGCGAGAUGAGAGGCACCGAGCCCCACGGAGCCCGCCCGAGCCCAUGAGCUGGACCCCUAUAUAUAAUGUACUGCUGUGAAGUAUCCGAACUUCACGUGAAUGGCUAAUGUGCGCAAUUCAGCAAGAUGCAGGGAUGUUGUGAGAUGUUAUAGCAUGUUAG